AUGUCGACGGGCGCAAACACCAACCAGAAUGACCCCAUGCAGCACCCCCUCGAGGCCAUCUCGCAGGGCAUCCAGAGCGGGCAUCCGUGGCCAGAUACUGCUCAUAGUAAGACGGUUGGUGGACUGCCUCUUGCGAGUGAUGUCUGGUUGUUUCAGAAACAGCAGACGUUUAAUCGGUCCAAGAAUUUGGAGAGGAUGGUACAUCCGUGUGGGUCUGGGGCGUUUGGGUACUUUGAGUGUACGCAGAAGGUUGAUCAGCUUACGAAAGCAAACUUCCUCUCCAGUGUCGGUGAAAAGACACCCGUCUUCGUCCGCUUCUCCACUGUAACAGUCGGCCGCGAAUACCCAGACGAAGCCCGCAACCCUCGCGGCUUCGCCAUCAAAUUCUACACAGCCGAAGGAAACUACGACAUCGUCGGUCUCAACUUCCCCGUCUUCUUCUGUCGCGACCCCAUCCAAGGCCCCGACGUUAUCCGCUCCCAAGCCCGCAACCCCAAGAACUUCCUCCCGGAUUAUGACGCCAUCUUCGACCUGCUCGCCAAUACCCCCGAGAGCAACCAUGCAGGUCUCAUGUUCUUCAGCGACCACGGCACACCGGUUGGCUGGCGUUUCAACCACGGUUAUGGGUGCCACACGUUCAAGUGGGUGAAUGCACAAGGCAAAUUCGUCUACAUCAAAUACCACUUCAUCGCCAAGCACGGCCAAAAGCAAUUCACCCAAGAACAAGCCACACGCAUGUGCGGCGAGGACCCAGAUUUUUCUAAGCGUGACCUCUGGGAAACCAUCGAGUCGGGCACCGAACCCCUCGAAUGGACCGCCAUGGUGCAAGUCAUGGAGCCCCAGGAUGCCGACCCGGAGAAACUCGGUUUCGACCCCUUUGACGUGACCAAAAUCUGGCCCCGCGCUCAGUUCCCCAUGCGAGAAUUCGGCCGCUUGGUGCUGAACAAGAACCCGGAAAACUACCACCGCGAUGUCGAACAAGCUGCCUUUUCCCCCGGUAGCAUGGUCCCCGGUAUCGAAGACUCCCCUGACCCACUCCUGCAGUUCAGAAUGUUCUUCUACCGUGACGCACAAUACCACCGCAUCGGCGUAAAUCUCCACCAAAUACCCGUAAACUGCCCCUUUCUUUCGAAAUCCUUCUCCCCGCUGCAGUUCGACGGGCCCAUGCGCGUGGAUGCGAACCAUGCGGGGAACAAACAGUACACGCCCAACAGCUUCGCUCACAAAUUCCGCCCUGAUGUCGCCGAAGCGCCCUACCAAGUCUCCGACAAUAUCGUCAGUCGCAAAAGCCACUAUUGGCACGAGGCUAAGCGCAACGAGUACGACCAACCGCGCGAACUGUGGAGCAGAGUUAUGACGGAAGAACAGAGGCAAAACACCAUCAAGAAUACGUUUAAUAUGCUCAAGUUUGUGGGGUAUGCGGAUAUCCAGAAGAAGUAUCUUGCCCAGGUUUAUAAUAUUGGGACAGAUUAUGCAAGGGGGAUUUAUGAUUUGUUGGUGAGCCAGGAGGAUGAGGCGAAGAGGCCGGGAUUUGGCUUCGACGAGGUGGAGAAGUUGGCCGAAACGGCGCAUGUGUGGUUCAAGGAGGAAAAGUUUAGACCAAGUGGUGGGGAGAGGUUGACGGGGUAUGCGCCGACUGUGCCGGUUUAUAAUUAG